CCGCUACUUUGGCCCAGCAUCGGGUACUGGAGCAUUGGUCUGCCCAACGAGCUACUGGUGGAGGAAAGGUUAGAGAAGGAUUUCAGCGCCAGGGUCUGUCUUGUUCAGAGUCCACCAUGGGUUUGCUCCAACUGGGAUGCCUUGCCUGGAUACAUCUUGCCAUUGCAGUGACAGUGAACGGUCAGAGUCGAACCGAACUUUUCGACUAUGGGGUGCAGCACGGCGAUCAACUCCUGGGACCGGGAUCCGACCAGACGGAGGAGCUCGCUUUGGACCAGACUAUCUACUUUUACAAGGGUUCAUUUGAAAGCGUUUACAUCAACACCAACGGUUUCAUUGCCACGGCCGAAGUCCCCGCCGAGUCGGAGUACCUGGGCCAGAUGCCGGCCACCUUCGGCAUGCUGGCGCCCCUCCUGGGAGACCUGGACACCAGCGACGGUGCCGGGAGGGUGUACUACCGGCAGGACAGCAGCCCAUCCGUGCUGCUGCGUGCCGCCGAGCACAUCGGCCAGGCCUUCCCCGCGGACGACGAGGUGGAGCCUACGCACGCCGUCAUCGUGACUUGGGAGAACGUUGCGGCGCAGGGGGCUUCUGGUCGCGGAGACGGAACCGCCUCAAACCAGAGGAACACGUUCCAGCUGGUAGUGGCCUCCAUGGAGUCUGCUUCUUACGCCAUCCUGCUCUACCCCAGAGACGGCCUGCAGUUCCUUUCCACACCCAUAGAGGGCGAUAGCAAGCCCCUGGAGGUGGGCUUCAACCAGGGCGUGGUGGCCGGCUGGUUCUGGAAUACCAAUCUGGGUGACUACUACCGCGUUACCACCGACAACGAGGGGUCCAUCCGUGAGCUGACAGAGAAGACGAACUCGGGCCGCCGUGGCGUGUGGGUCUACGAGAUCGGCACGUCUCCCUUCUUCACCUCCAUCCACCCCGGCGAGGCAGAGGAGCUGGCCCCCGAAGAGUCCGUCCCCGGAGGCCCCGAAGAGGUCCCCGAGACCCCAGAGAGGGGGCCCCAGUACCCUGUGUUCCCCCCUUACGAGACGGUGACCGAGGAGGAGGAGGAGACCGGUGUACCCCCUACUCGGGGGCCAAGGGUGCCCGUGCACCCGGCCCAGUUCCCUGUGUACCCCGAGCCUAGUUACCCAGAACCCGAACAGCCAGAACCGCGGUACCCCGAACCCGAACAGCCAGAACCGCGGGGACCACGACCGGAGCGCCCGCAGGUUGUGGUGGUGGACGCAGAUGACCUGGAUGUGGAUGUGUUUUCAUACAGCCACGAGACGUGUGCCAACAACUGGCAGAAGUGCUCCAGCUUUGCCGACUGCCGCGACUACUCCGGCGGGUACUGCUGCCACUGCCGGCCCGGUUACUAUGGCGACGGCCGAGACUGCGUGGCCGAAGGCAAGCCGCAGAGGAUGAACGGUAAAGUCACGGGCCGUGUGUUCGUCGGCAACUCGCCGUCGCAGCUGGAGUUCACCAGCAACGAGCUGCAUUCGUAUGUGGUGGCCAACGACGGGCGAGCCUACGUGGCCAUCAGCACCAUCCCGCCCACCUUGGGGCCAUCCCUGCAGCCGCUGGCCUCUCUGGGCGGGGCUAUCGGGUGGGCCUUCGCCCUGGAGCAGCCUGGCUACGAGAACGGCUUCAGCCUCAUCGGUGGCAAGUUCACGCGGCAGGCUGAGGUGACCUUCUACCCGGGCGGCGAGCGCCUGACCAUCACACAGGUGUUCAAGGGCAUCGACGAGCACGACCACCUGACCAUCAGCACCCAGCUGGAGGGACGCCUGCCCGAAGUGCCCCGCGGAGCCACCGUCCAGAUCGAGCCCUACAACGAGAUCUACCAGUACUCACGCAACGUGAUCUCCUCUUCCUCGCGGCGUGACUACACGGUCAGCCUGGCCGAGGGUGGCAUCCAGACGCUGAGCUACAGCUGGCGCCAGACCAUCAGCUUCGAGAGCUGCCAGCACGACCAGGGGGUGCGCCCUCCGCCCUCCUCCCAGCAGCUCAGCGUCGACCAGGUGUUCGUCAUGUACGACACGGCCAAUCAGCUCAUCCGCUACGCCAUGAGCAACAAGAUCGGAUCCAUCCACAGUGAAGCUGUGGAGAACCCCUGCUUCACUGGCAGACACGGCUGUGACACUAACGCCCUGUGCCGGCCCGGUGAGGGGAUUCAGUUCACCUGCGAGUGCAGUAGCGGUUUCACCGGAGACGGACGCGCGUGUUACGAUGUUGACGAGUGCAGGGAUACUCCUCAGAUCUGUGGCCGUCACUCCGUCUGCAGCAAUCAGCCCGGAACGUUCCACUGCGAAUGCACGGACGGCUUCCAGUUCGCCAGUGAUGGACGGACCUGCAUCGGUACACACACAGGUGGAGCGUGCGGUGGACCACUGCUUGCGUGGGUACCCACCACCUGUGAUCUGGCUGAGAGGGCUCGCUGCAGCUACACCGGCGGCUCCAACUUCAUCUGCUCCUGCCUGCCGGGUUACCAGGGAGACGGACGCUCCUGCAGGGAUAUCGAUGAAUGCCAGCCAGGUCGUUGCCAUAGAGAUGCAAUCUGCUACAACACCCAGGGUUCGUUCACCUGCCAGUGUCGUCCGGGUUUCUAUGGUGACGGCUUCCAAUGCGCACCCGACUCAGAGCGUGAGAAGACAGCCUGUGAGAGACACAGAGAGAGGGCCCAGUCGGCCUCGGCCAAUACCGGGGGGUACUUUUUCUUCCGCCCGCGCCCCGCCGUGGGGCAGUAUGUCCCCACCUGCGACCCGUACGGGUCCUACGACCCCAUGCAGUGCCACGGCAGCCUGGGCCAAUGCUGGUGUGUGGAUCGCGAGGGGCAGGAGAUCACCGGAACCAGGACUGGACCUGGCAGCACGCCCAGCUGUAUUGACCAGGGCGUGGCCCCGACCCCGGUCGGCCCCACCCCUCGCCCGGACGUGAGCCCCCUGGCCCCGGGUGCCAGCCUGCUGUUUGCCCAGAGUGGCAAGAUCGAGCACGUGCCCCUCAGCGGAGAGAGAAUGCUCAAGGAGGAGGCCAAGACCCUGCUGCACGUCCCCGAUAAGGUGGUGAUUGCCCUGGCUUAUGACUGUGUGGACAAGAUGGUGUACUGGUCAGACAUCACCCAACCGGCCAUCAGCAGAGUCGCUCUACGAGGAGGAGAGCCCACCACCCUCAUUAAGGCUGACCUGGGCAGCCCAGAGGGCAUUGCCAUAGACCACCUCUCUCGCCUCAUGUUCUGGACGGACUCCAUGAUGGACCGCAUCGAGGUGUCCAAGCUGGACGGCAGCCACCGCCGCGUGCUCUUUGACGAUGACCUCAUCAACCCUCGUCCUAUCGUUGCUGAUCCCAUCAACGGGCGCCUCUACUGGUCAGACUGGAACAGGGACGGCCCCAAGCUGGAGAUGGCCAACAUGGACGGCACAGACAGGAGCGUCCUGGUGUCCGAGGACCUGGGCCUCCCCAACGGGUUGACCUUUGACCCCCAGACCAGGCAGCUGUGCUGGGCUGAUGCCGGCACUCGUAAAGUGGAAUGCAUUGACCCCUAUACCCGUCAGAGGAGAAGGAUUGUUGAAGGCAUCCAGUACCCAUUCGCUGUAGUGCACUAUGGAAACAACCUCUUCUACACCGACUGGAGGAGGGAAGCCGUGGUUGCCGUGGACCGGCGGGCCGAGAAGGAGGUGGACGCCUUCCUGCCGCUGAGGCGCUCUCGGACCUACGGCAUCACCGCCACUCACCCGCAGUGCCUACCAGGUGCUAACUACUGUUCAGGUAACAACGGCGGCUGCUCGCACCUGUGUCUGCCGCGGCCAGGCGGCCUCACCUGCCGCUGCCCCGACGCCAGGGACGGCACCUGCGUGGAGAGGGAGCAGCUGUGAGGAUGAGAUGGUGUUGCCAUGACAACUACGAGUCCACCCCGAAAAAACAGAGAGCAAGGGGGGAAAUAGUAGUGAGGGGGAGGGAGGGGGGUGACAGGUGUGCUUCAUGAUGACUCAGCAUAAGGGGGGAAAUGGAGGAAUUCAGUGGAAGAGAGCGAAAGAGAGAGAAGAGAAUGAGAUGGAGUGAGAGAGAGAGAGAGAGAAGAGAAUGAGAUGGAGUGAAAGAGAGA